CCCGGAGGGUAUGUCACAUUUAUGUUACGGCAAUACCUUUCUUAAAGAGGUGAGGAAGAGAGAGCACUCCUUGGGGAGCAAAUAGCUUUCAACUCAUUUCAGCAGAGAUGUGCAUUGUGAGCUCAAAUUAAUUUGAAAAGUGAGAAGAUGGCUGCAUUAAUAGCCAGUGGAUGUGGACUCUUUGGACCACCAUGGCCAUUUGAUGAUAUCCCAAAGGCAGUCACAAGGAAAGUUAAAGGAGGAAAUAUUGAUGUACAUCCAUCAGAAAAAGCACUCAUUGUUCAAUAUGAAGUGGAAGCUACUAUUCUUGGAGAGAUGGGUGAUCCCAUGUUGGGAGAACGAAAGGAAUGCCAAAAGAUCAUUCGUCUUAAGAGUCUCAAUGCCAACACGGAUAUAACUUCCCUGGCCCGGAAGGUGGUUGAAGAAUGUAAACUUAUCCAUCCCUCAAAACUAAAUGAGGUAGAACAGCUGUUGUACUAUCUACAGAAUCGCCGUGAUUCAUUGCCAGGAAAAGAAAAAAAAGAAAAAUCGAGCAAGCCUAAAGAUCCACCUCCUUUUGAAGGAAUGGAGAUUGAUGAAGUGGCUAACAUCAAUGACAUGGAUGAAUACAUUGAGUUACUAUAUGAAGAUAUUCCUGAUAAAGUUCGGGGUUCUGCUUUGAUCUUGCAACUUGCUCGAAAUCCUGAUAACUUGGAAGAACUACUAUUGAAUGAAACUGCCCUGGGUGCAUUAGCAAGAGUCCUGAGAGAAGACUGGAAACAAAGUGUUGAGUUAGCUACAAACAUAAUUUACAUCUUUUUCUGCUUUUCCAGCUUUUCUCAGUUCCAUGGACUUAUCACUCACUAUAAAAUUGGAGCUUUAUGUAUGAAUAUCAUUGAUCAUGAAUUAAAAAGACAUGAGCUUUGGCAAGAAGAACUCUCUAAAAAGAAGAAAGCUGUUGAUGAAGACCCUGAAAACCAGACCUUGAGAAAAGAUUAUGAAAAAACCUUUAAAAAAUACCAGGGGCUUGUGGUAAAACAGGAACAGCUCUUACGAGUUGCUCUUUAUCUGCUUCUGAAUCUUGCUGAGGAUACACGCACAGAACUGAAGAUGAGGAACAAGAACAUAGUUCACAUGCUGGUGAAGGCUCUUGAUCGGGACAAUUUUGAGCUACUUAUUCUAGUUGUGUCAUUCUUGAAGAAACUCAGCAUUUUUAUGGAGAAUAAAAAUGAUAUGGUGGAAAUGGAUAUUGUUGAAAAACUGGUAAAAAUGAUACCCUGUGAACAUGAAGAUCUGCUGAAUAUCACCCUACGACUUUUACUCAACUUAUCCUUUGACACAGGACUGAGGAAUAAGAUGGUACAAGUUGGACUGCUUCCCAAACUCACUGCACUCCUAGGUAAUGAAAACUACAAACAAAUAGCAAUGUGUGUUCUUUACCACAUUAGCAUGGAUGAUCGCUUUAAAUCAAUGUUUGCAUACACUGACUGUAUACCACAGUUAAUGAAGAUGCUGUUUGAAUGUUCAGAUGAACGAAUUGACUUGGAACUCAUUUCUUUCUGCAUUAAUCUUGCUGCUAACAAAAGGAAUGUACAGCUUAUCUGUGAAGGAAAUGGCCUAAAGAUGCUCAUGAAGAGGGCUCUGAAGUUUAAGGAUCCAUUGCUGAUGAAAAUGAUUAGGAACAUUUCCCAGCAUGAUGGACCAACUAAAAAUUUAUUUAUUGAUUAUGUUGGGGACCUUGCAGCCCAGAUCUCUAAUGAUGAGGAAGAGGAGUUUGUGAUUGAAUGUCUGGGAACUCUUGCAAAUAUGACCAUUCCAGACUUAGACUGGGAAUUGGUUCUUAAGGAGUACAAGUUGGUCCCAUACCUCAAGGAUAAACUAAAACCAGGUGCUGCAGAAGAUGACCUUGUUUUAGAAGUGGUUAUAAUGAUUGGAACUGUAUCUAUGGAUGACUCUUGUGCUGCAUUGCUAGCCAAAUCUGGGAUAAUCCCUGCACUCAUUGAAUUGCUAAAUGCCCAACAAGAAGAUGAUGAAUUUGUGUGUCAGAUAAUUUAUGUCUUCUACCAGAUGGUUUUUCACCAAGCCACAAGAGAUGUCAUAAUCAAGGAAACACAGGCUCCAGCGUAUCUCAUAGAUCUGAUGCAUGAUAAAAAUAAUGAAAUCCGAAAGGUCUGUGAUAAUACUUUAGAUAUUAUAGCGGAAUAUGAUGAAGAAUGGGCUAAGAAAAUUCAGAGUGAGAAGUUCCGCUGGCAUAACUCCCAGUGGCUAGAGAUGGUAGAGAGCCGUCAGAUGGAUGAGAGUGAGCAGUACUUGUAUGGUGAUGAUCGAAUUGAGCCAUAUAUCCAUGAAGGAGAUAUUCUCGAAAGACCUGACCUUUUCUAUAACUCCGAUGGAUUAAUUGCCUCUGAAGGAGCCAUAAGUCCAGAUUUCUUCAAUGAUUAUCACCUUCAAAAUGGAGAUGUAGUUGGGCAGCACUCAUUUCCUGGCAGCACUUUCCAUCCAAGGAUUUCAAAGUGCUUUACAAAUAUGCACUAAUUAAGCCUCACAAACAGCUAGAGCCUUGGAAUGGAUGGCUUUGGCCAAUCAGUUGGCAUUCUUGGACGCCCUGCCACAGCUUAUGGAUUCCGCCCUGAUGAACCUUACUACUACGGCUAUGGAACUCGAUAAAGUCAUCCCUUUCCAUAUGUACUCUCAGCUUAGAAGAAAUCUGUGUGGGUUGGGCUGACUUUGAAUCUUGACUAAUAAUGCAUGUUGAUAUUAUUGUGGGUCUGUGCUUCUUUUUAUUUUUUCCAUGUCGUUAGCUACAAGUUAACUCUGACCCCUCCGUCCUCUGUUAAGUAUAGUUGAUGUUUGACUUUGUUCACUCAUCAAACCACAUCUUGAUGAUGAAUAACAUUGCCCAUGUUAUUCAAGGAGACGCAAAAGAAAAUGCUGAAAAGCAACUAGACUGGAAAACAAACACUACAUUAUGUACAUUAAGUGACUAAUUUAAUUUCUAUUAAAAAGAAGGAUAAAGUACAAAUGAA